AUGUCCUCGUUCGCCUUCACGUCCGAAAUCGCAUUCGCUCUUUACCGGCCUCAUAAUGAAGAAGGGCCUGAAUGGCUGCGUUUCCGCCAAGGGGACCACUCAGGCCUUCUGUACAAAGUGAUUGAAAAUCCUAUGGGCCGACCCGCGCCUGACGAUAAGACGUAUUUGGUUAUUUCCUCGCAGAUACGAACAACACCAGAAGAUGCGAAUGCCGGAACUCUUUUAGAUUCAAAGUAUGCCGACACAGAGAUUAGAACGUAUACCCUCCUUGAGGUAUAUGAUCCCAGAGGCUUGGGGAUUUCGAAUGCUGUUUCGCCGCUCAUUCUUCAGGCCGAAGCGAGUCCUGCUGAUAUCAAAGAGUUUCAAGACUUCUACCGCGUCGACCACACAGUCAUGAUGGCGAAGCACCCUGGAUAUCGGCGCACGGCAUUGUACCAGCUGCAAUCCGUACUCAAACCAGCUCAGCAACCCCAAGAACCAGCGCCUGUUCUCAUCCUGCACGAGUUCGACACGUUUGAUGAAGUGGGCGGGCCGAUUACACAGGCUUCGAUCGUGACGCCUUUGGCAACAAAGGUUUUUGGGGCUGUCAAGUCAAUGAUUUCCAGGGGAAUACAAUUGGAAAGCGCGGGCAACAAGUAG